GGACGUUUGUCCCAGGGAGAAACUGUGCUGGAGCUGCUGAGCCGUUAUGUCGACGUGCUCGGCACGACUCGUUAAGUCGGAUUUAAACUCUACAAGUCAGGAGAGAUUUUAACGCUCGGUAAUCGCUUCUUUUUGGUCGGUGGAAUUCGGAGUGUGGAGGAGGGAAAAAAACAAAAACACACGAAAAGGACGGAUUGAAGCGGACUAGGUUGAAGAUCUGCUGCUUAGCUUUCCUGCACCAACCCUGCAGUACUUUUCCCCGAUGGUACCGUGCCGUACAAUAGAGAGCCACAAAUCAUCCAGAAAAGACCAGCAGCACGAAAGAAUGAAGACCAGUUAGACGAAUGUCUCCAAAUAAUUGCAUUUGCAUAGCCCGUUAAACCAGCUAUUAAGCAGCUUUUAAAAAAAUAAAAUAAAAAUACACCAUGAGUGCUGAGGGCUAUCAGUACCGCGCUCUCUAUGAGUACAAGAAGGAGCGAGAGGAGGACAUUGACCUCCAUGUGGGGGACAUAUUGCUGGUGAGCAAAGGGACGUUGGCCGCGCUGGGCUACACCGACGGGCUGGAGCAGAGACCCGAAGAUAUCGGAUGGCUGCCUGGCUUCAACGAAACCACUCAGGAGAAGGGCGACUUCCCCGGGACGUAUGUCGAGUACAUCGGGAAAAAGUGGAUCUCACCCCCGACGCCCAAACCCCGGCCGCUCAGACCCCUGCCCGUGGCCCCUGGUGCGUUCAGGGCCGAGGCCGACUCCGACUCUGAGCAAGGCUUCUGGCUGCUUGACCUGACCGAGCAGUUUUCUCUCCCAGACACGGCCCCGCCCCUCCUGGCCCGUCUCCUCCAAGCUAUCGAGAAGAAAGGUCUGGAGAACCCCACCCUGUACAGAACCUUUACGGCGGGCGGCGGUCUUGAAGUCAGACAGUGUUUUGAGCCAGAUGCUCCCUCCGUGGACCUGGACCAGAUGGAACUCACCACCCUGUGUGACGGCCUGCGCAGAUACCUGCAGGACCUCCCCCAACCCAUCGUGCCGCCCGCGCUCUAUGCCCAGAUGGUGCACACUUCCAAAGAGGUGCCGAAUCCCGAGGAAUGCGCCCAGCUGCUGCGUCGCAUCGCCAGCAGCCCCGGCCUGCCCCCCCAGUACUGGCUCACCCUGCAGUGCGUGCUCAGACACCUGGCCCGCGUCUGCCAGAGCAGCUCCAAGAACCUGCUGAACGCCAGAGCCCUGGGGAAGAUCUUCAGCCCCGUCUUCUUCAGGCAGCAGAGCAGCAGCUGUGAGCCCAGCUUGGAUGCUCACGUCAGGAUCAUCGAGGUACUGGUGGCCAGCGAGUGGACUGAAAGCCAGGCAGCACCAGCUCUGCCUCCGAAGCCGCCCAAGCCCGCCCCCGCCCCCGUUCCCACCCCCGCCAGUAACAACGGUCUGAACAACAGCAUGGCGCUGCAGGACGCCGAGUGGUACUGGGGAGACAUUUCCCGGGAGGAGGUGAACGAGAAGCUGCGAGACACUGCCGACGGUACCUUCCUGGUGCGGGACGCCUCCACCAAGAUGCACGGCGACUACACGCUCACGCUAAGGAAAGGAGGAAACAACAAGCUGAUUAAGAUAUUCCACCGGGACGGGAAGUACGGCUUCUCGGACCCGCUGACCUUCAGCUCCGUGGUGGAGCUCAUCAACCACUACCGCAAUGAGUCGCUGGCGCAGUACAACCCCAAGCUGGACGUCAAGCUGCUUUACCCGGUCUCCAAGCACCAGCAGGAUCAGGUAGUGAAGGAGGACAACAUUGAAGCGGUGGGGAGGAAGCUGUGCGAGUACCACCAGCAGUACCAGGAGAAGAACAAGGAGUACGACCGUCUCUACGAAGAAUACACCAGAACCUCACAGGAAAUCCAAAUGAAGAGGACCGCCAUCGAGGCUUUCAACGAAACCAUCAAGAUCUUUGAGGAGCAGUGUCAGACACAGGAGCGCUACAGCAAAGAAUACAUCGAGAAGUUCAGGAGGGAAGGCAACGACAAGGAGAUCCAGAGGAUUGUGGGGAACUACGAGAAGCUGAAGUCCAGGAUAAGCGAGAUCGUGGACAGCAAGAGUCGCCUGGAGGAGGACCUGAAGAAGCAGGCUGCCGACUACAGGGAGAUCGACAAGAGGAUGAACAGCAUCAAGCCAGACCUCAUCCAGCUCCGCAAAACCAGAGACCAGUAUCUCAUGUGGCUCACCCAGAAAGGAGUCAGACAGAAGAAGCUCAACGAGUGGCUCGGAAUCAAAAACGACAACACGGAAGAUCAGUAUUCCAUGGUGGACGACGACGAGGACCUGCCUCAUCACGACGAGCGCUCCUGGAAGCUGGGCAACAUGAAACGCCUCCAGGCCGAAGCUCUCCUCCAGAGCAAGCGAGAUGGAACAUUCCUGGUGCGGGAGAGCAGCAAGGCCGGAUGCUACGCCUGCAGCGUUGUCGUGGACGGCGAGGUGAAGCACUGCGUGAUCAACAAGACGCCAUCUGGUUUCGGCUUUGCCGAGCCGUACAACCUGUACGGGUCUCUGAAAGAACUGGUCCUUCACUACCAACACACGUCUCUGGUGCAGCACAACGACUCUCUGAAUGUGACGCUGGCGUAUCCCGUCUACGCCCAGCAGAAGCGGUGAGGACGCGGGAAGGCCUGAAACGGGAGAGACGUCUGCGCCAGGAACUGCGGUGUGGACACCCGGGGAGGGACAAGGUCUCAGGAGCAGCAUCCCGUCUGAAUGUACUUUUUUUAAAUUCUGGAGGACAAAGAGGAGAAAAAAGCGAGAGCAAGGAUGGUAGGAUGCUAGCGCCCCGCUCCCCGGACGUGGACUUCUGGAGGCCUUUUCCUGUAUGGUGCUUGUGGACACUCGGCAGCCCCCACGUCCCUCACACGGAAACCUGCUUUUUCUUUGCUCCUCCCACCCCCGUCCAUGUGACCAAAUCUCAUCCAAUCAGGAAGGAGGGGGCGGAGUUGGGUACUUGCUGGUGUGAAGUUGAGGAGCUGAUCAAUGUAGCAUAAUGGCACUUUCUCCACCAACGUCAUCCCGGCUUUCUUCUUCUUCUUCUUCUCGUGUUUGUUUGGACUGGCAGGAGGCUCAAGACUCGACCCAUCGACCUGCUUACACUUUUUGCACCAACCCCCCCCCACCCCCCAAAAAAACCAAAUGUUUUGUUGUUGUUUCUGACGUGCUAUGCAAUUAAUUCUCUUGUUGAUGAAAGCUUCUUUUAUUGUCUCGUGCAUCAUCAGUGUGAUGAUGAUGAUAAGGAUGAUGAUGUGGAUGACGCCUAUUUGUAGGACUGCUCUUUGUUGCUUCAAGCUGAAGUUCUCAGGCAGAACCUUCCCACAGAAAAGCCUUCAGUGGCGGCGCCAUCACAUGGAAAACAGCAAAGAUUUAUUUUCUUAGAAGAUUUAUACAAUAUCUAUACAAAGAAAUAUAUAUCUUCCUUAGGCCAGAAGAAUAUGGGGGGGGGGCACUGUCAUCAGUAUUCAGCUGCUAUUUUUCUGUAUCAGAAAAGGCCAUCAUGUCGUCAUCAUUUCACCUUUCUCUUUUUCAUCCACCCUUCAAGCUAAACCUGGAAAGGCCCAAGUGUAGCGCCACCUGCAGUUUACAAAUCUGCUUUAUUUUGGAGCAAUGCUUACUUUCACUUCUCCUUUGCCUUCCCUUCCCUUCCCCACCACCUGGAAGGUCUGCCAGUUGUUUUGGUGGAGGUGGAGGUGGAGGUGGAGGGGGGGGGGG